AUGCCUCAGAAGAAAAGAACAGCAAGCCGUAGAUCUGAGCCAAAAUUAUUCCGUUGUACAGGUUUUGGCAACUGUGAUAUGGUGUUUACCAGAAGCGAGCAUUUAGCACGACAUGCACGCAAACACACAGGCGAGAAACCUUUUAGAUGCGUUGUACCUAAUUGUGACCGUAUGUUUAGUCGAUUCGAUAAUAUGAUGCAGCACACACAUACCCAUAACCGUCAAAAGAAGAAAGAAUCGGUUACAACCACGAGCUCAAAAGAACAUGGCCAAAAAUUGAACAGCACCAACCGUCCCUACUCUGUUCAUCCCAAAUCGAACGACAGCCAUCAUCCAUCAAAGAUAUGGAUGAUAGACAAUAAUCAUCAAAUAUUACCUGGCCCGAUGCAGCCAUUUCCCAGUCAUUACGAUAAUUCCCAAACGCCUUUAUCGCCGAACAGUGGUGGCCAUCCUGAUGAGGACGGUAACUAUCCUGCGUAUCAACAGCACCACUCCAGCUUCCAUCCUUAUCUGCCUCAGCAACAGCCAUAUAGUAGUACGAGCACACCUAUGUGUUAUACUGCGCCCAAUACACCGGCGCCUUACCGCCAGCAUCACGAACAGCUUCCUUCUUUAUCCUCCAUUCCUCCUCCACUACAAUCCUCACACACAACCACCACAUUCACCAGCAGUAGCAAUCCGACAACACCGCCUGCUGCUUCUUCCUGUACCUUUCCUUCUCAACAUGACGAUAAAUCCACCUCUUAUAUGCCAGAUUAUUUCAGCAGUAAACCUCGUUCUUCUCACCAUCAUCCAAACGAGUCAUUACAGUCUCGAGAGGCUGAAGGAACAUCCAUCGACAAUACCAUCACUUUGCUUAGACGAAGAUUAUCCUAUAUAGACCUUUCGACCCCUAUUCAAGAGCUAGCUGGCUCAAGUUACCGUUAUUCUCCUACCUGUUCAUCCCACACUACAAAUAAUGAUCCUAGAAGAAGCCUAACUACUAACAUUACCGCUACCACUACCACCACCACUACCAGCACAACAACAACGACUACUAUGACAACUACCAGUAACGCAACAACAGACUCAGCAGAUGAUUCUUCGACCUGUUCCGUUAGCCAUCAUGGUGAUACCCGCUAUAAACCAACCGGUAUUGACAUAACGCCUGAUGAAUUUGAGGCCUUGCAAGGUUUCGGUAAAUUCUGCAGCGAAGCUGUGACUCGAGAGCCCAUGUUGAUGACACGUAUCACGACUUCACCCACCAGUUCCAUCACUUUACCCAUAAAACUACCUCCAUUACAACGGUGUAGCAGCACAAUUUCACCAACAGCGAUGAUUACAAAUUCUAUCACUAAUUUAUCAUCGCAAAUCCAUGCUUUUCGUCAGCAUAUUCCAACCGCUCAUGAGUCGUAUCAAAGACCGAUUCGAAUCAGUGGCAGUAGUAGCAAUAGUAGUUGUAGAGUAGGAUCCUCCUAA